UCUGUGUAAAAAAAAGAUAAAAAUUGUAAAAAAAUAAAAUUAUUUUAAUUUAUUAUAAGAACUGAAAUAGAAACAGAAAAGAGAGAGAAAACAAAGGUGAAAGAAAAGAGAGAAAGAACUCAAAGAGAUUUUUAGUUCAAUCUCUUAUCCUAAAAAUUAAUUUCAUGUUAAAUUUCUAUCAAUGUCUUUCCAGUUUCUUUUUUUUUUAUUUUGCAAGCCAGCGAAAUACUUUCAGUACACUCUGCUUUGAGAGAAUAAUGAAGCGGGUAACCUGAAUAGAGAGAUGCAUUCUGCGAAUGAUAUGCCGUGUAAUGUACGAAUCAGUGUCAAUAAAAGAGAGACACGAAACUAUUAUUAAAAAGCAUAAUGUGUGGAAUGCGCGCGCGUCAUCUUGUAAGCGACAGUUGCAUGUACACACACAGAGUGCUUGCAUCGCGGCAGCGGAAAAUUAAGCUGAGAGAAAAACAGUCGUAAUAAUUUGGCGAAGGAAAGAGAAAGUAGAAAAUUCACAAAGAUAUGAGCUGUGUUAUAUUAUCUAAAAAAUGGGUAAGAUUGGGCUGAAAGAAGAGGAAUAAAAGCAACGAUUAAGAAGAAAGGAGGAAGCAAGAAUAAAGGGGUAGAAAGAGAAACGGGGCCUGGGGCCUCUCCAAUGAUCGGAAGUAAGCUGAUACCGCGUCGGGGAUCUGUAAUCGCGGACCUGGCGUCGAGAAUCUCCAGUGAUUCUGAUUUACGUGCGAUUGUCAGUCUAACGUGCAUUCCGGAAAUUUAGAAAGAUAUGUUUUAAAGAGGAGAAUAAUAAGAUAUUAUGCAGCCAAAAAACUACGCGAGAAGACAAUGGAGAGUGUUGCGAUCUUCGUGGAUCGUGCACCUCGUGUAUCUCUUGCUUCCAGGAUCGCUUACAUUUGGUUUUCAGCCAAAAACAGCGGGUGUGAUGAUGAGAGAUAUAGCAAGGGAUGUAGCGGAUCUAAUUGAAGCAACAGGGAUGCAUGAGCAACUUUACGGAGUAACGACGACACAAAAUCGUUGCAGAGAUGAUGGCACGGUCGCGUACGACAUUACGGAAACCGCGAUCUUGAUGGUUCAUACUAAUACGCUAUUUUCAUCCGGCAUACCGCAGGAUUUUUCCAUUUUGGUCGUCGCAAAGCCAAAAGCUAAUUACACGAUGCCAAUACUCUUUACUAUCUACGGCGAUAUCGGCGAAGAACAGCUGGUUCUUUCAUUGGGGCGCAAUAUCAGCCUUCUCUACAAUACAAAUGAGGAGGAAAAAAACGAUGCAAUUUCCUUCAACAUCGAUAUUUCCGAUGGGGAAUGGCAUCGGUUAGGAAUUAGCAUUAAGGGUGACGCCGUUACUAUUAUUCUCGAUUGUGAUAGACAUAUCACGAAGAAACUGCAAAGGAAUCUCGAUAAAACAAUCACUGGCAUUUUCAUGAUAGGGCAACAGCUUAAUGGUGGUUUAUAUCUGGGAAGUCUCGAAAUGUUGAAGAUUGCUCCAAAUCCAGAUGCUGCUUAUGAGAUAUGCACGAUAUUUGCGCCAGACUGUAAACAUCAAUUAAAAAGCAAGUUGAAUUAUAAUGCAUCAUCGAGUGGGAAUGAAGAUGAUGAUGAAAAAGGGAACGAGAGAGAUUCGGACAAAGAUGAUACGGUGUUUCAGACAUCGUACGAAGAGGAAACGAUGACAAUUGCAAAUAUGUAUGAGUCGGAAUCAAAUAAUCAACAGUAUUAUGGCGAAUCAACAAUUGAUCCUUACAACAAAGAAUAUAUACGUACUUUUUCAAUGCAUCCUGAUAAAAUGUAUUAUAAUGCUCGAGGUCCUCCAGGUCCUCGUGGAUUUCCAGGACCGCCAGGGAUACCUGGAUCUCCAGGCAAGAAAGGCGAACCCGGUAGAGAUGGAUUGGCUGGAUUGCCAGGUACAGUUGGUCCACCGGGUAACGUUUUUGUAAUACCCUUGUUAAAUCAACAGGGUAACGAAAAAGGACCGGACUCCCAAAUAGAACUGAUAAAACAGAUAUUAUCGCAACACAUGCUUGCAAUGAGAGGUAUAGAGGGCCCGGUGGGACUUACGGGCAUCCCAGGACCGGAUGGACCGCCUGGACUUCAAGGUGAAAAAGGAGAACUCGGUGACAUUGGUGAGCCUGGGCCUAGAGGGGAGAGAGGAAGUCCCGGUAAUCCUGGCAGAGAAGGCAGGAGGGGUCGUCCUGGCAGAGAUGGUGAGCGCGGUCUUACUGGACCUCCGGGAAUGAAGGGCGAACAAGGACUGAUAGGAUUACCAGGCUUACCGGGUGAUAAGGGUGAACGGGGACUUUCAGGGAUACCCGGAGAACCGGGUCUACCGGGUCACGAAGGGAUGCAGGGCGAGGACGGUCCUCCUGGUCUACCGGGCCUACCUGGUGAAUUGGGUCCGAGAGGAUUUAUUGGACCAAGAGGUUUCCCUGGUUUACCAGGUAAUCCCGGUAUUCCUGGAAACGAAGGGCCGUCGGGCUCAAAAGGCAAUGUUGGACCGCCCGGUCCACCUGGUGCACCUGGUCAACCAGGAUCUGUAGGUGCUGUGGGACCAUCUGGACCUCAAGGUCUACCAGGACCGAUUGGUUUAGUCGGUCCACAAGGAAAGCCUGGAAUUCCUGGUCUUCCGGGUGCUGACGGAUCUCCUGGUCUUCCGGGCAAUCCUGGAAUUCCUGGGAUGAAAGGCGAACAAGGUCCGCCGGGACCCCAAGGAUCAGUAGGCUUUCCGGGUGUGCGGGGUGUGAAGGGCGAUGAAGGAUGGCGAGGUCCGCCGGGUGAACAUGGCGAGAAAGGUGAGAGGGGAUUAGAAGGUGAGAAAGGCGAUGCUGGUAUGAAAGGAGAGCCUGGAGCAACAGGACCGCAAGGAAUUCCAGGCCUUGAAGGAUUGGAAGGGCCAAAAGGAUUUGAGGGGCCUCGAGGUGAAACUGGUCCUGCUGGUCCGCCCGGAGAGAAGGGGAAAUUAGGUAUACCUGGAUAUGUUGGAUAUCCAGGAAAUAUUGGAGAAAAGGGUGAUAAAGGACAAAUCGGAGCGCAAGGUUCUAGCGGCGAUAAAGGAGAAAGAGGAAGCAAUGGAAUGCAGGGAGAACGUGGCGAAACAGGGCCAAGGGGUUUCAGAGGAACACGUGGAAGAAGAGGCGCAGAAGGAUUACCAGGACCAAAGGGCGAUACUGGUCAGCCAGGAUCUUCUGGUAUGCCAGGCGAGAUUGGCCCUCCCGGUGUUGAAGGUCCACGUGGGUUCAUGGGACCACCUGGUUCACCAGGCCUCGACGGGAAAGAUGGUGUACCAGGACCACCUGGCGAACGUGGUCCAAUUGGAGAAUCUGGGCUUGCAGGACUUCCAGGAACUCCUGGUAUUAUCGGUCCUCAAGGACCAGUUGGAGAACCUGGUCAACCGGGCGAACCUGGAGCACCUGGCAGUCCGGGGAUUCCGGGAGAAAUUGGUCCGCCAGGUGAACAAGGAAAAGAAGGACCGUCGGGACCACCAGGUUUGACAGGAACUAAAGGUCCGCCAGGUCCUAGUGGAUUACCAGGAUUUCCGGGCGAAAGAGGAUUGAACGGUCUGCCUGGAAUGCCUGGUUUGAAAGGCGAAAUGGGGCCUGUCGGAGCAUUUGGUCCACCCGGUGAUAAGGGUGCUCAGGGUGAUCCUGGUAAAGACGGUGUACCAGGUCCAGAAGGAAAACAAGGACCUAAAGGAAAGAGAGGCCUUAUUGGACUUAAAGGCGAAAAGGGUGACCCUGGGUUAUCUGGGCCUAUAGGUCGCGAUGGUUUACCAGGUCCACGAGGGUUACCUGGUUCAUCAGGACCAGUAGGACCUCCGGGUGAGGAUGGUGACAAAGGAAACGUAGGUCCACCCGGUGAAAAAGGAUUCAAAGGAUCUCAGGGCGAAAUGGGACUUCUGGGUCCACAAGGAAUACAAGGACCACGUGGUGAACCUGGUUUAAUUGGUUCGCCUGGAGAGAAAGGACCACCCGGUGAAAUUGGGCAGCGAGGAUCAAAAGGUGAGAUUGGUCCAGUCGGAGCAAUAGGACCAGCCGGGCCUUUAGGACCGCAAGGUUUACCGGGUCCGCCAGGUGUAAAAGGCGAAGUUGGAGAUUCUGGAGCAAUAGGUCCUAUAGGGCCACCAGGUACUCCAGGAGAACGGGGUUUGAAAGGACCAAAAGGCCUUAAAGGUGCAGAAGGACCACCAGGCUUAGAAGGUCGUCAAGGAGAAAAAGGAGACAGUGGAAUAGCAGGACCUCCUGGAAAACCAGGAGCGGAGGGCAAACAGGGAGAAAGAGGUCCUCCAGGAGCAAAAGGAGAAGAAGGCAAGGAAGGAAUUGUCGGAUCUCCUGGACCACGAGGAUUAAUUGGCUUUGAUGGACCAAAAGGUGAAAUUGGAUUACCUGGUUUUCCCGGUCCACCAGGAGAACCUGGUUUUAUGGGCGCGAAGGGUGAACCUGGAAAAGAUGGUGAGGAUGGACAGGCAGGCGAUCCAGGCGCACCAGGUGAAGCUGGACCAUCCGGCAAGGAAGGAUUACCAGGUCUUCCUGGAAAACCAGGUCCGGAAGGGCCGGCAGGUCAACAAGGUAACCCAGGUUUACCAGGAGAUAAAGGAGAUAUGGGUCCGAUCGGAGCACCGGGACCUCAAGGACUUAUCGGAGUACAAGGACCAUCUGGCCUGCCCGGUUUGCCAGGAGAAAGAGGUUUGCCAGGAGCGGCCGGCGAAAAUGGUCCUCCUGGAAUGCCGGGCGCCGUCGGUGCCCCUGGGAUGGUUGGACCAGUUGGUCCAAAUGGCCCGAAAGGUGACAAAGGUCGAAGAGGCCUUAAAGGACAUCGAGGAGAACUAGGACGCGUUGGUAUUAAGGGCGAACAAGGAGAGAUGGGAGAAAAAGGCGAACGAGGAUUGCCUGGAUUAGAAGGUCCCAAAGGAAAUCUCGGAGCUGCGGGUUUAAUUGGUCCUAAAGGGGAACAAGGGGUUCCCGGUUUGCCAGGACCGCCAGGAUGGCCCGGGCCCAAAGGAAACGCGGGGAAUGAUGGAAAACAAGGUAUCCCAGGUCCACCAGGUCCACCAGGCCCACCAGGACCACCUAGCCCACCGAUGGAACCCUUCAGCUUUGAUGGAGUGAUAUUACCUCAAUCAGUUAGAAAGAAACGCGAUGCUUCAGAAAAUAUAGAUGAAAAGGAAGAUUUGGAUACGAAAUACUUAGACAUAUACAGAUCUAUUUCCAACAUACGACAAGAAUUGGAUCGAAGGUAUAGACCAACUGGUACCAGAAAUAAUCCAGUAAGAACAUGCAAGGAUUUGUUUUAUGGACAUCCCCAUUUCAAGGACGAUUGGUAUUGGAUCGAUCCAAAUCUAGGCAUGCCUGAUGACGCUAUCUAUGUAUAUUGUAACAUUACGAAUAUGGGCGAGACUUGCGUAUUUCCCGAUAUUCAUAGUAGUCACAUGCCAAAUAUACCAUGGAAGAAGGAGAACAACAAAAUUGACUGGUACUCGCGUUUACGCGGUGGAUUCAGAAUAACAUACGAGACGAUCGGAGUAGUACAAAUGAAUGUCCUGCGUUUGCUCAGUCAAGAGGCGUAUCAAAACUUUACGUAUACAUGCGUUAACAGUGUCGCCUGGUACAACAGCGAGGAUCCGACUCAUAGUUACAACCUUUCGCUGCGAUUACUCGGCGACAACGAGGACGAAUUCUCGUACAACGUUAUUAAACCUCAGAUAAUCACAGACGGCUGCAAGAAUCGAAAUAAUAAGACCGAAACCGUGUUCUUAAUUCAUACCAGGAAGCCACAGCAAUUGCCACUAGUUGACUUUUUCCCGAUCGAUUACGGAUCAUCACGGCAGGCCUUUGGUUUCGCGAUCGGGCCGGUAUGUUUCAAGUAAUCACAGUAGUGAACUGAUUGUGUUUUAAUCUUUUUUUACAGUUAUUAUCUUUUUUGGUAUAUAAAUAAGUACAGAAAUAUGUUGCGCAUAUACAAUAAUUAUCUUUUAAUUAUCAGAUAAUUAUCAUUUAAUAAUUCUUUUCACGUACACACAUUUCGUAUUUUAUAAAAAUCUUUUAUUUUAUUGUAAUUUUUUGUCUUGUGUUUUAGAAAAACUGUUGAUUUAUACAUAUUUUAAUGUCAUUAUAAUAAAAGUCACAUUAGGAUUUUAAUUUUUGUGAAAUUCUGAAGAAUAUUUUACUAUAUUUUAUAAGUUUUUGCUCUGUAUAUAUUUAUAUCACAAAGUUAAA